AUCACGCUGGCUCUGCUGUACAACUUGAAAUUGUUUCUUGUUUUAAAAAUUUCACAGAGCGAGCUUCCUUUAGGAGCCUGAACAUCCAUGCGGAGUCAGUGAAGGGCUUUGGCAUGGGGCGGGCCAUCAGCACGGGCAGCCUGGCCAGCAGCACCUUGAACCGCCUUGCCGUGCGCCCUCUGUCCGUGCAGGCAGAGAUCCUGAAGCGGCUGUCCUGCUCCGAGCUCUCGCUCUUCCAGCCACCCCCAGGCUCUUCAAAGGACAGGAAUGAAAAGACUUCAUGGGAGGAAAGACCCAGGGUUAUGAGCAAAUCGUUCCACGAUCUGAGCCAGAGCCAUAUCUCAGCUUACCCUCCGAGGAAGAAUAUUAUCACAGCUUUGGACUCUUCCUCCCAGAAAAUAGAGGACUUAAUGGGAAGAGUCUUUCAGCGAAUGCCAAAAUUUGAUACUGGAUCAGCAGCGGGAGCGUUAAAAUUGAACAAUUCAAAAUCUCAUGCAGGUUUAAGUAGAAGUCCUGAAAGAAAGAAAAAUGAAUCGGACUCAUCGUCCAUGGAAGAUACCGGGCAAGCCUAUGUUGUAGGUGUUAGCAUGAGUAGCUCUGGAAAUCUUCCAUCAUCAACACCAUUAAAAGAAAGCAGUGACUCUCUGCAAACAACAGAGAGCAGAGUUUCCUCACCAGAAAGAGAGAUCACUUUGGUGAACCUGAAAAAGGAUGAAAAAAUGGGCUUGGGCUUUCAGAUAAUUGGUGGAGAGAAGACGGGGAAACUUGAUCUGGGAAUUUUCAUUCACUCAGUUACUCCUGGAGGGCCAGCUGAUGUGGAAGGAUCUCUGAAACCAGGACACCGAUUGAUAUCUGUGAACAGCACGAGUUUGGAGGGUGUCAGCCACCACACAGCAUUAGAAAUUAUAGAGAAUGCACCUGAGGAUGUAACACUCGUUAUCUCUCAACCCAAAGAAAAGCCAUCCAAAGCAUCAUGCAGCACCUCACACCUCACUAACGGAACCAGGACCUAUGUAAGAAGACCAUCAUCAGUGCAGGACAAUGAGGCAGAGUCCUCUUCAGAGCAGCCUAGCAGGUCCCGUGCUCACCAGAGGGCCGUUGCAGGCAGUGUGUCUGCCUUGUCAGGGGGCAGGCGGGAUGGGAGUGUGAGCUCCCAGGACUCCAGGACUGAGAGUGCCAGCCUGUCCCAGAGCCAGACGGCCAGCUGCUUUGGCAGACGUGCCAGUGGCAGAGCCCAACAGGAUGCGCAGAAGUACAAUGACUCCCAGUCUGGGGUUUUGAAAACUAGUGAGAAGAGAAGGUCGUCAUCAGACAGUACUCGAGCCAAAAUGAAAAGGUCGGGAGUUGUGGAGUCUGUGGAGUAUUCUGACCGAGGAGAUUCUGACAUGGAUGAAGCAACUUACUCCAGCAGUCAGGAGCAGCACGUUGCUCAAAAGGAAUCUUCCUCAGCAAAUGCAGCCGACAAAAUGAACUCUAAAAAGGUUUCUGCAGAACUUCUUAAACCUGGAGAUAUCUUUGAGGUUGAACUAGCCAAAAAAGAUAACGGCUUGGGAAUAAGUGUCACGGGUGGUGUAAACACAAGUAUAAAGCACGGUGGUAUUUAUGUGAAAGCAGUUAUUCCAAAAGGAGCAGCUGAAGAAGAUGGCAAAAUAGAAAAAGGUGACCGUGUGCUUUCUGUCAAUGGGGUUAGUUUGGAGGGUGCUACUCAUAAACAAGCUGUGGAAAUGCUGAGAAACACUGGACAGGUGGUGCAUCUACUGUUGGAAAAAGGACAGCUUUCUGUGGCAAAGGCUCAUGCUCCAGUAACACCACAGUGUACACCUCCAAAUCUGGUUGGACUAUGUGAGCCUCAGGAAAAACCAGCAACAAGAACUACAAACACCAAAGACUACAGCUUUGUCACUGCAGAGAACACAUUUGAGGUAAAGCUGCUGAAGAACAGUUCAGGUCUUGGGUUCAGCUUCUGCCGUGAGGAUAAUCCUACUCCAGAGCAGCUGGGCUCAACCAUUGUGAGGGUGAAAAAGCUCUUCCCUGGGCAGCCUGCUGCAGAGAGUGGGCAGAUAGACAUUGGGGACGUCAUCCUCAAAGUGAAUGGGGCAUCGCUCAACGGUUUAUCUCAGCAGGAAGUCAUCUCUGCUCUGAGGGGAACAUCUCCAGAAGUCUCUCUUCUCCUUUGUCGGCCACCGCCUGGUAUACUGCCAGACAUCGAUCCUGCUUUGCUGACCCCCAUCAAUUCACCCCUACAAGUAUUUCCAGAUGUCAAUAGAGAAGUUUCUGGUCCAUCGAAUGAAGAACAGGGGGAUAGCUCAGAUGAAAAUGAAACUACUGAUCUGAGUAAAAGAAGACUGAAGUCUCCCUCUAGGAGAGACAGCUACAGUGACAGCAGCAGGAGUGGUGAUGAGGAGACGAUGGACUCACUGGCACAGUCAGGCCACAGCUGGAAUUCUGCCCUCUGCCAGCCGCCAGAUGAAGCUGUGACACAGGAACACAGCCAGCACGAGGCACACAGUGCUCAGGGCAGUGCUCUUCGCACCAUCUUGUAUUCUGCGCAUGAGACUCCUAGCAGCUCAGAGCAUGAGAACAGCACUCUGCUGUUGGAUUUGAAAUCGAUCCCACCGUGUAGAACCAUUCCUGAAGUUACCACAUCUGUUUUAAUAAACAGCUGUUAUGCUGCCCCUGCUUCUGAGCUGCCUCCACGCCUGGAAGGGAUGGCCUCACUACUCAGCCAGCUAGAAAAAAGUGCUGAAGAAUAUGAACCGGAAGUAGAACUUCAGGUCACCAUGACCAAGUCUGAAAAAGGCAGCCUGGGCUUUACAGUGACCAAAGGGAAUGAUAAUGUGGGCUGCUACAUUCAUGAUAUUGUUCAGGAUCCUGCCAAAAGUGAUGGGAGACUGCAACCUGGAGACCGACUCAUAAAAGUGAGAGAAUUACCAUUUCCAGACAAAGGGGCUGCAUGAAAAGAACAACUUUGA